AUGUCCGCGCCGCUGAGGCAGGCCUUUGAGCUCGACCUGGACCUGGGCCCGAACCCAGACCUAGGUAGCCACCUAGUCCACACCGGGAGUGCGGCUUAUGCCAUGAGGCCGGGUCGCUUUGAUAACUACAUUUUGUCCGAGGGGAGCGCUCCGGUCGAGCUCUCACUGGGUGUUGGAUAA